AUGUACGUGCUGUACAGGCUUAGUCCCGUCGGAUUGUAUGUCGGUGCUCGUUUAAUUGCUCCUCCCAUUGGCGUGGGCAGAUCAUAUAGUGCCCCAUCGCGGGAACGUGCGUUGGUGUGGUACCAGAGGAAUGACUGGAUUGGUAUUGCUGCGCCUAUUGGACCCCCGCAAGGGGCCGACUUCCAUUGA